CCUCGCUUUCGACAUCUUACUGCAAACCCUUCAGCGAUCUUAACGUCAAUUCAAAUGCAAACUCGUGCAUGUAACAAUUCUUCUGGGACCAGUCUCUAUUCUCGAAAGCUUGAGAAUAUAUCUUCACAUGAUGUUCGAUGGAUAGAACCUCCAGGCUUGCACGAAAGGAAUACAUGCUUGAGUUCACUAUGCGUCAUCCUCUUAGAUGAAUAGCGUCUUUUGUAUGCGCUCCUCGUUUAUGACUCUUCCCUUCUUUCUGAGACUCUCACCUUCACUCUUGCACACAGAAGCGCACACGGCCCGUGCUUUCAUCGCACUUCCCUCUUCUGUCAUCUUUGCCUUGACCUUCUCACCUCCACUUUCGCACUGGUAACUUCCCCGCCACAAGUCGAAACACUCAACAUAUCAACGGUUCAAGUAACGCAAGAUGCCGCCGCAACGAUCUCAAAAAGUCGCUCCUCGCCAUGGUCUGGAUAACAAGCCCAAGAGACCAGCGCGUGGUCAACGCGGUUACCGCAAACACAGAAGCGGUCUACUCAACGUCGAGCCCAUCGGGUCGGAAUUCGAGCUAGCAAACAUAAACGCACGAGAUUCUCCCCUCCUUCGCCUACCUGCUGAGAUUCGCAACCAAAUCUUCAGUCUCGCGCUUGGCGGAUCAGCAGUCAAGAUGCCAUCGAGAGUAUGGCCGACGGCGAAACCCGAAGAACAUCUCGCGCGCUGGAACCUACUCCGUGUCUGUCGCCAAGUCUACGUAGAGACAGCCAUGAUCGCGUACACCACCAUCCCCUUCUGUUUUGCUGCUAUCACCGAUAUUACGCGCUAUUUGAGGACAUGCAGACUUCAACACGUACACGCGAUCCAUUUUGGGGCCGGCUUGUCGGAGAUGAGAAUGGCCCCCCGAAACAACGCCUGCGCCCGCUUCUUGCGUGCCAAAAGUUUCAGGGCCCUUCAAAAAGUCAAGAUCACACUCUCGAUGAUCAGUAUGACACCCGCUGGAGAGUCUGCCGCGGUGGCGAGGGUAAAGGAGAUGGUUGAGGCGUACCUCCCGGGUAAAGAAAUCGAGGUAUGCAAGGGAACUUACUUCGAACACCUUGCAUACUGGGAAGAGUCUUGAAGUGGGAUCUGCGUGGGUAUCGAUUUCGGCCAUCUAUCACGAAAGAGUCUUGAGAAGAGAGUGUGAGGGAUGUAUGGCAGCUGAUAUCUGGACGUGUACGUGUGCAAACGGCAGAAAGAUGUUUAUCAUGUGACUGAGGCGCAACGAAGAUCAGUUGUAUGAUUGCAUCUCAUACUAGAGAGAACCCGAACACUUCCCUUGAAUAUGGUGAGUGGUUUCAAUGUAGUUGAAGCGUGUUGCUGAAACCGUCUUGACUAUUUGCUGAGGCAGAGCACUAUGAUGGAAAAGUUGAUGCGUUCUCUAUCCAACUAACCGCAGAGUUUCCUGUUGCCAUAUCCUUAUUCUUUAGUG